AUGGUACGUACAAGAAAUAAAAGAUACUCAGGCGGACCGGAGCAGCAGGAACCGGAUCGGAACCGUCUUGAUGAUUUACCUGUUAAUGACCACAGCAAUGAAAACGGACAACAAUCACAGACAUUAAUAUCUGCAGCACAACCAGAUAGUAACCAUACCCAGACUAUGUCUCAACCUGGCCUACCUGGCGAAGAUGCGUCAGUGUCUAUACCAACUACAAGUAAAAACAGACAACAAUGGACACGUGAGCAAUAUGCAGAUAUUAUGUGGUGUUAUUAUUAUGCAAUGGCAAAUAAAACCGAUGAAGGUGUCACAAAGAGCACAUACUCAAUAUGGAGAGAGAGAAAUCCAGAUAUUUUCCCAACCAUCAAUCCGAAUACACUAGCUAAUCAAAGAAGAUUUAUUUUAAGGGAAAAGAAACUAACUAAUAUCGAAUUAGAACAAAUUAAAACAGAAGUGAACUAUCGACUAGGAAGAAUGACUACAUUUACCCCAACCAAAAUGGGCAUAUGGGGUAAGUGUAAUCACGAAACUGAGGCUGCUCGUGAUACAAUUAUAAAGCAUGAUAAGAAGACAAACUGGAUUUACUGCUCCACUCUAAUACUGGAUCCCAGGCAUAAAGCAGAAACUUUCGAUUUAACUGUUUGGGGAACUGAGUUAAAAGUACAAACUUUAAAGACAUUUGAGUUAAUAUUCGAUGUUUACUGUAGCCAGGAUAGAGUGAUAGAAUCAUUUACAAAAGAGAAGAUCGACUCCACAUCAAGUGACGAUGACGAUGAACAUAUAGAUUUCAACCAUUUCUAUCCUGCACCAGGUACUUCAUCCGGCUCUGGUAUAUCUGGAUCUGGCUCCCAAAACCAAAGAAAGGCAAUAGGCGAUUAUCUUAGUCAGCCUAGUCAACAGUAA